GCCCGUGGAAGGUGAAGAAGGUUGUUCACCGCGUGAUGUGCAGCAUCACAGGCAAGUUCGUGACGUGGACUGCGUUGAAGCCGCGCUCUAAACAAGGUAUUGCUUACAUCAAUAAGCACGCCGAGACAGACGACAGCCAGAACGAGAUGACGUUCUGCAUAUAUGACAACAUCCGCGAAGUGUCUGAUACGCCGAUCAUGGGAUGGCCAGAGGGCAAGGUUCGAUUCAUGGUGAACAACAAGGCGAGAGCAAAGAUGGGCGCAGAAACACAGCAUUUCCACCCCAUGCUCACGAGUGACCUCAAGCCGGUGCUCGCCUACACCAUCGUGACCAUCAUCAUGCCGUUGCUUCUGGAGUUCGGCAUCGUCCUCCUGGGCUGGCCUGGUCUUGGAAAGACGCCAGCGUUCAUCACUCUGGCAAUGGCAAUUGGGAGGUACAGCGUCCGCAACCGCGGCGCUACAGGAAGGCCAGGUUGGCGCCGCGGUAAGCGUUUCGACGUUUUCCGCCACCGCGAGUUCGGCCAGGAGGAAGCGUGCUUUCUCGACGACGCUGAUCUUGGGAGCAUAGAUAUAUCAACCAUCAAGAACUUCCUCGACGUGGCGGAGGACACCACGGCAGACGCGCGCUACAACGAUUGUAAGUUCCGCCAGAAUCAAAUGAGGGGCAUCGCAGACAACGCCGUCAACGAGGAGGACGAGCCUUCACCAGAAGUUGGUCACGAGAUACCGUUCAAUUCGUCUUACAAGAUGAUGCGGACUGCAUUCGCGGGCGCGUCCAAAGCUCACGUCAUGGCUAUCUUGAAGAGGUCCAUCGUGGGUGUUGGCGGCAAGCAUGGCUUUAUCUUGAGGCUGCCUAGCAAGGACGAAGAUGCGCCCGUGUUCCGCUUCACAGACGAUGAUAUCGCAGACGAUUGGCUGCGGGAGGCGAACAAGCCGUUCCUGAACAAAUUCAAAAAGGGCGUCCACACUUUGCCACCAGAUUUCCAGACCCGCAAUGAGCAGGAGCAGAACAUGAUCGACGCGGCCUUCGCGAAGUACAACUUGCACAUGCGGUCGGCUGACUACAUCCGCGACGCGAACGAGGAGCUCAAGAAACACUUCCAACCGAGCCCCGCCGCUAUGUUCGACAACUUCAUUCCUAAUACGUUAGCGUCGGAGGAUCCGACGCGACCCGCUGCGGCGACAGCCAAGCCAGCCGCACCGCAUGGCAUCAAAGUAAGUGAGAACAGGGCGCGCAAGGACAAGUACGGGUUGUCUUACAGCGGAACAGAGCCAACAGGCGCCCAACACAACGUGGGCCUCACUAGGUUGGAGCAGCCCGCCUACGAAACCAUCUUGUCGCUCAGCCAGAAACAGGCCAAGAAGUAUCUCGAGGACGCAGGCGUUCUUCCACAACCUGAUGAUGAACUUGAGUUUGUCUGCUGGUCCUGCAAGAGCCCGAUUGUGAGCUCGGAGGGCGUCUUCCGCUGCCAUGGGAAGGGGUGCAAGAUCAGGCCUCGCGUCUACAGGCCAGAUGUGGCGUUCACCCUGCUCGCGGGCCACGCGAGCUCUGGAUGGGACGUCGACAACGUCAUGUGCUUGCGCACGGCUUAUGCGCUUGGUUGCACGACCCCUAACGGCUCCUGCAUUCACUACGUCCGGCGCGAAGGCGAGAGCGUCAGGUCCACAGAGAACAAGGUGGCCCAGUUCUUCAACAAACACAAGAUUGCGAUGGCAUGCUGGGAAGUACGUCGGGCUCAAUCCACGACGUUCGAGGAUGACGUGGUCGAGCCUGACACGUGCCGCGCUGGCUCGCGGAAGAGAGGCGGCGGCGGCCCAGAGACCAGGGCUGAAGUGGAAGGCCCGUUGAAGAAGGCGCUGGGGAAGGGCACCGCGGUCGCGCCAGACGGCGGUAAGGCCUUCCACGGCGCGGCCGAAGCCGCUGGGCGCCAGGUCUUGAAGGGCGUGAACCACCAGAGGAAAAUCUUCACGCCUGCGUCCAGGUUGUUCAAGUCCAAAUUGGACAGCAAGACCACCCGCAUGCUGAGGGCGCGCACGAAGGGCAAGAAUCCCUCCGUCAGGGAGACCGCGCUCUACUCUACACUAUCAGCGGGUGAUAAUGCAGCAGAAGGUAUCACAGGCCACCUGAAGAACACAAUGCGCAGGCUGGGGAAUGUCGGCCGCAACACCUCACCAGCAACCUGCAAGAAGAACGUCCAAGCCUUGGCGUCGGCGGCCCUGCUCUGCAACGCAGGCUUGAACUCAGUGUUGACCGCGCUGAGCUUGUACAGGAUUGCUUUGUCCCGCGGCGACAUCAAUCUGUCGCCCAAGGACGCCUUUGAUGUCUCGAGCUGCAGCUCGUGGCUGAUCGACUCGCCCUAA